GCGCGGUGCCGCCGCCUCGUCAAACCCGGAGCCGCCGCACGGGAGGGAUUAGCUGCCUGGCUGCUGGACCACGAGAAGGGGAAGAAGAAGCAGGUGACAUAGAAAAAGAAAUAAGACAUACAAAAUUUAAAAAAAAAAUUGAAAAAUAACGGACUUUUUAGGAGGCAUAGUCAUCCCGUGGAAGACGAGAGUGGAAGGAGACCAACUCAGUGACAGGAUUGCAUUCACAGUCUGGGCAAGUGUGUGAGAGGGAGUCAGUGUGUGUGUGUGUGUGUGUGUGUGUGUGUGUGUGUGUGUGUGUGUGUGUGUGUGUGUGAGUGUGUGUGUGUGUGUGUGUGUGGCCUCGGACUCCCACUCAGGGAUGUAAAACAGUGAAGGUGGAUGUUGGCAUGAGGAGGAGCAGGUGAAAAGGGCUUAUCCGUGAUGGUGCUCUGUAUGGACAAGAAGCUGUGCCAUGACAGAGGGCAACGUGGGUAAAAGAGACAUGCAACAGCCAGCCCCGCAUCACUGCCACCUCAUCCUGGGCGGGGCCUUGUUGCUUCUCCUGGCCAGCUCAGCCCUGAGCUGCCCCGCCCGAUGUGAGUGCUCUGCCCAAAGCAAGUCGGUCAGCUGCCACCGCAAACGCCUGCCCACCAUCCCCGAGGGCAUCCCCAUCGAGACGCGCGUCUUGGACCUCAGCAAGAACAAGCUACGCAUCGUCACGCCGGACAACUUCACUUCCUUCCUGCAGCUGGAGGACCUGGAUCUCAGCGACAACCUCAUCAGCGUGGUGGAGCCCGGCUCUUUUCGCUCUCAGCUUGCCCUCCGCUCGCUCAGCUUCCGCAGCAACUUGCUUCAGCUGGUUCCUGCCGGUGUGCUCUCGGGCCUGACCAACCUCACCCACCUUGACCUCAGCCACAACCGACUGGUGGUUCUCCUGGAUCAUGCCUUCCAAGAUCUGCGCAGGUUGACGUCCCUGGAGGUGGGUGACAACGAGCUAGUGUUCAUCUCUCAGCGGGCCUUUACGGGAUUACUUGGACUCCAAAUUCUGACCCUGGAACGUUCCAAUCUGACAGUGAUCCCUACUGAUGCUCUGGCACAUCUGCACAGUCUGGUGGAAUUGCGCAUGCGCUACCUGAGCAUCAGUUUUCUAAAGCCUUUCUCAUUUAAGAGGCUGUCUCGCCUUCGCCGACUGGAGAUUGAUUACUGGCCCUGGCUGGACACACUGCCCCCCCUCUCACUGCAUGGACUCAACCUCACAAUGUUGUUCAUAACCAACACCAACCUGUCUGCCUUCCCCGGCACAGCGCUGCGCAACCUGCCCUACCUCACACAUCUCAACUUGUCCAAUUGCCGCAUCCAGCACAUCCAUCAGGGAGAGCUGGGCCAACUUCCACAUCUGAUGGAGCUCCGCCUCCAAGGCGCUCAGCUGCUUUCUAUCGAGCCGUUUGCUUUUGUGGGCCUCAAGUCUUUGCAACUACUGGAUGUGUCGCAGAACCGCCUGGACUCUCUGGAGAGGGGAGUGUUCGCAUCACCAGAGGGCCUCCAGAGGCUUUGUCUGGGAGGAAAUCCAUUAGUGUGCGACUGCAGAUUGCUUUGGCUGCUCAAUAGCCACAAGCCCCCCAAUCUGCAGAUAUUGGAUGUCCAGCCCGAGUGCAUUGCCCCCGAGCACCUCCUAGGGAAAACUCUGCGUGACCUCAAGGAGCCUCUGGUGUCCAGGUACAUGACCUGCACUAAACCACGAAUUGGGCCCAACAUCACACAGCUGCUGAUGGCGGAUGAGGGUCAGCCCGCCCGCCUCAGCUGCAUGGCGGAGGGAGCACCGCGGCCCUCAGUGGUCUGGAUUACACCUCACAGACGCUAUAUCACAGCCAAGAGCAGUGGUAGGGUGGAAGUCCAACCAGAUGGUACCCUGGAGAUCAAGACGGCGGAGCUGCACGACAGCGGGGUGUACUGGUGUAUCGCCAGUAACCCUGCUGGCAAUGCAAGUCUGUCGGCUUCUUUAGCUGUGAAGAGCCUGAGCAUUGGGGACAGAUCUCCCUAUAGCAACAGGAGCUCAAACUCUCUGACAGACUCUAACAGCACAUGGGGGAAUGGGACAAUACUGUACAACAUGACAGUCCCGAUAGACCUUAAGACUAUCAUUAUAUCUACAGCCAUGGGCUGCCUGUCCUUCCUAGGUGUUGUGGUGUUCUGCUUCCUCCUUCUGUUCGCCUGGAGCCGGGGGAAAGGGCGCCAUAAGAGCAACUUUGAUAUCGAAUAUGUCCCUCGCAAAUCCAACGGGGCAGCAGCUGAGGUGAAUGAAACAAGCGGCCCAAGACGGGUCAACAUGAAAAUGAUCUGAAAGUGAUGCAGACAUAUAUGAUAACUAAAUCCAAAACACACAUAUCAGUUGAUAAAAAAGGUUUUUUCUAUGACACAUUGGAUUUGUGACAAACGAAAGUGAUGUACUAUUAUAGUGGGUGUCGAUUUGGCAGUGAUCUUGUGAUAAAGUGGACAUGUGAAUAUAAAAGUGAUACAUUGAACUUGUCUUGGACGUGUUUAUAUGAAAUAAUGUUCUCAUACAGUACAAUGAAUAUAAUACUAUAACCAACAUAUCAAUAUGGGAGUGAUAUAGUGCUGCGCUAAAGCAUUGUGUUUCAGUGGUGAUGUGAUGAGUAAUGAUGUUGUCGACUCACCGUGACAUCAAGGUGAAGGAGGGAGCCGCUGGGAGUGACAGGGGACAUCUUUGCGUGGCAGUAGAGCUAUCAUCGCUGUAACAUGUCAGGACUAAACUGUCUGAUACCCAUCUCAGCUGCAGUGUGAAAGGGGCGUGAUGUGUUCAUGUGUGCGCGCAUGCGUGAGUGCAUCGGUGUGCGCAUGUUGCAUUCGUGCGUUUCUUUGUGCAUGUGCACGCAUUGCCUUUCUUGUUGGAUGGAACAAUUUCAAAUGAACGAAAGGGGCCAAAGCAUUUUCCCAGGCCUUUGUUCUUGUUCUGUCAUUGUAACAACUGUGUUGUUAAUGUUGAGUAAAACAGAGGAUUAUCUGUGUUUGUAUGCAAAAUCACAAUUAUCAUAUACAAGAGAAAUGCUGCAUACAUUUUGAAAUGGGUCACUGUCCCCCCUGGAACGACUCCAACAUUAAAAUGGGGAUUUUUUCUAAACUCAAGGAAAUGUUAGUGUGAAACCAGAGCUUUGUCUUUACUUUCCAGUAACACUGGACACUUUCCCUGAGAAAUAGCAGUAGUCAGUGGUGUUAUUACCCUGGAAAGGCUUCCAGCUAUAUAGAAAUGGCAUGUUAAACCCACUGUAUAACAAAAAUAAAUCAUGGGCAGAUUUUCCUGCCACACAAAUCCCUUGAUAUGAUAUAAAAGAGUCAGUGACCAUACACAGUGGCAAAGAUUUACUUGCCGGUGCCCUUUUAGGGACAAGACAAAGUUGAGCUUCGCAGAUUUAUAGGUUGAAUUUCCCACCUUUUGCAUUUUUCUUUCAUCACACCACUUCAAGCUAGCCUGACCGGGGUCUUCCCUGGGUCACCAAAGGGGUUCUGGGUAUUUAUUAGAUGGCAAUUUGAAAGUUGUAGUGGAACGUUUAGUUUCAUGGGUCUUUGUUGUUUUCUUCUCGGUUGUUCUUAUUUUUUUUGUGUUAAGUUUUUAAUGUUUAGGGGGGAAAAAAGUUAAAUCAAGGGAAAUUGUUUGUAUCGCAGGGAAUUGGUUGUUAAACUUGUGUGAUCUUGUUGUGAUAAAAUGUUCAAGGUUGUAUAAUUGUUUUCAUAUGAGAAAUUUAUGGGUAUAUUUUCAAAUUGAAAUAAAUCUUAAUCAUACCCCUAA